UGUCUGUCCACGUGACCGGAUAUCGGCAAUCUCCGAACGAACUGUACAGUUUUGGUUCGCCACUGCGAAACCUUGGCUGGGCCGACGCCGGCGCUGUAUUCAACGAUCCGAACGACAUGGCGAAGAAAGAAAAGCUUGGCGCGACCGGCAAGAAGUACCGCCUCACACUUGGUCUGCCUGUCGGGGCCGUCCUAAAUUGUGCCGACAACAGCGGUGCCAAGUCCCUAUUCCUCAUCGAACCAUAUGGUUUCGGUGCACGUCUUAAUCGUCUGCCAGACGCCGGUGUGGGCGACAUGGUUGUCGCAUCCGUCAAGAAGGGCAAACCAGAACUAAGGAAGAAGACUAUGCCCAUAGUGGUCGUCCGCCAGCGCAAAUCUUGGCGGCGACGAGACGGUGUUUUCCUCUACUUCGAGGACAACGCCGGGGUGAUCGUCAACAACAAAGGAGACAUGAAAGGUUCCGUCAUCGUUGGACCCGUAGCAAAAGAAUGCGCCGAUCUAUGGCCCCGUAUCGCAGCAAAAGCUGGCACAGUAGUAUAACAUUGCGUUGUAACUCUUUGGCACCACCCUCUCGACGACAUUUUUCCCCCUUCUCUCCACAUGUGCAUGUCUACAUAAGUCGCUCGCGCUAUGCUAUGAUAAUCAUGAGCUCCAUGUACGACCCUGGCUCCGCGUGGCUGACCGGUCGAUAUUGUGGUGUCGCCUCACGACACAGGCCGAUAUGACGUCUUCCGGUGGUGCACCCACCAACUGUUAAGUCAGCGUGCGCAGUGUGGUGUUGUGCAGGGGUGGCGUCGACUACGUAUUUGAGUG